CAGAUUUUUUAUCCGUGACACUCGCCUACAUAUAAACAUCUUUCUACCUGUAAUUGUGUGAGAGGAAGUGAUUGAGAAAACUUUUUCGGGAAAUCGAAAUUACAAAAUGGCCGGAUCAGUAACACCAAAACAAGCAGAAGCUUACUGGAAGAAAUAUAACAAAGAUGGUAACGAUGUUCUUACAAUAGAGGAGGUGAAACAAUGCCUCCAGGAAGUAUACGAAACGGUCGAUGAUUUCGAUAUAAAUGAAAAGUUUAUAUUCUUCGGACAAAAGGAAGCAAAAAAUUUAACGAAAGAGGAAUUUAUGACAGGCAUACUCAGAACUCAAAAAUGUGACGAAUUGAAGAAAGCAUUUGAAGAAAUGGAUAAAGACGGAAGUGGAAGUCUGACUAAAGAGGAACUUGAAGCAGGUCUAUCAAGUCAUGGAUUCGAAGGCGAACAAGCUAAAUGUAUUGUAGAAGAACUGGAUUAUGAUAAUGAUGGCAAAUACAACUUGAAAGAAUUUCUAGAAUCAGUUUCAUUUAGUGAAAUGUUUGCAAAGGCGUACAAGUUUUAGACCUUUAUGAUAGUUUUUUUUUUUUAAAUAUGAUUAAACUGCAGGAGUCAGUUUCACUAAAAAAAACUUACGACUAAGAUUGAUCGUAAGUAUACUGAAUUGCUUAUGACUUAAGAUCCUUUGUCUGAGCUUUGCUUUCAAGGUGUAAGUAAAGAUUUGACAAAGGUCUGUAUUUUAAUCAGAUUGAAGUUUUUCACACUUUUGUUAUAUAUUGAAUUGACAUUGUUGUGUUCUUGACAUGAUCAAAUUGCAAUUUAAAUCUUAAUAAAUUAUUCUUUUUUUUUAA